CAGUAUUAAAUUCUGAAUCGAACUAGACAUAUUAAUUCGCAGGAAUUAUGAUUCGAAAAUGAAAUUCACAACUUUUAAAGUUUCAAUGCGAAGUUAUUUCAUCUUCUUCUUUAGGCUUACUUGUAUAACUAUUUUGUCAUUUUCCGACUUGGACAGCAGAUCGUGAGGGUUUUGCAUAAUUGUCGUAAAUAAAUAUAAAUGUGGAAUUUGGACACUAACUAAACAAAAGUGGCUAAAGUGGUAAUACUGGAUUCAUUGAACAUCCUGUUGGUAAAUAUAUAAGUAGAAGAGAACAUAGCGGGAAUAAACUUUUGUGAUUUAUACAUGAUAAACAUGGAUGUGCUGGUAUUGACGGAUACCGAAUCAGAAACUAGUGUGGAGCAGCUCGAAAGCAAAUCUGUUAAAACCUACAGUUUCUUCCAAGUUGAAGCAAACGAUUGUUUAAAGGAUAAUAUAGAUGAAGAUUCGAAGUACAAAGAUUAUGAAGUUCGUUUCCAAGCUGAGAUACAACAAUGGAAAGCGUUAUAUUUUGAAGCAUACGAACACAUGAAAAGAUCGCAAGAAAGCAAUCUAAUAAUAGAUAGGAAUAUUUUAUCUGCUGAUCAACUGGUGUAUUUGCAAAAUGCCCCUUCUCCGCAAGUCUUCGUCCGGGAUGCCUUGGAUUUCCGCAGAAAAUUUUACUUGUUUAGGGAGACGAAAUAUGCCGAAAUUAGGGAUAUGCUGGACAAUCUUAGAGAUUUAUGUGAACAACGGCUAAGUUUGAUCAUGGCCAAUGAAAUUUCCGAUAAUUUUGCCAAUACUAAAAAAAACGAAAUAGUAAGCUGA